UGGGCUAGCCCAGUUCUCCGUGCUCAACACAGGCCGUUGCCCAGAGCAGGAUGAAGACUGGGUGUACGUGACCUGAGCUGAAGGGAGGGUGCUUGGGGAAUUAAGCUUGUUGAGAAGAAGGCAAGCUACAGACGUUUGCCGGUAAAGAGGGACGGCUCUGGGGGCAGCUCUUGUGACCUCCUACCCAGGCCCCCAGCACCAUGACGGUCUCAUACACCCUCAAAGUGGCAGAGGCUCGCUUUGGAGGCUUCUCCAGCUUGCUUCUCCGCUGGAGGGGAAGCAUCUACAAGCUCCUUUACAAAGAGUUCCUCCUCUUCAUCGCCCUCUACGCUCUGCUCAGCAUCACCUACCGGCUGCUGCUGACCCAGGAGCAGAGGCACGUGUAUGCUCAGGUGGCCCGAUACUGUAAUCGUUCUGCAGAUCUCAUUCCCUUAUCCUUUGUACUGGGUUUCUACGUGACCCUGGUGGUGAACCGCUGGUGGGCCCAGUACACGAGCAUCCCGCUGCCGGACCAGCUGAUGUGCGUCAUCUCGGCCAGCGUGCACGGCGUAGACCAGCGCGGCCGCCUGCUGCGCCGCACCCUCAUUCGCUACGCCAACCUGGCGUCAGUGCUGGUGCUGCGCUCGGUCAGCACGCGCGUUCUCAAACGCUUCCCCACCAUGGAGCACGUGGUGGACGCUGGUUUCAUGUCCCAGGAAGAGAGGAAGAAGUUUGAGAGCCUGAAAUCCGAUUUCAACAAGUACUGGAUCCCUUGCGUCUGGUUUACCAACCUGGCGGCCCAGGCCCGCAGGGAUGGGCGAAUCCGUGAUGACAUCGCUCUCUGUCUGCUACUGGAAGAGCUGAACAAGUACCGGGCCAAGUGCAGCAUGCUUUUCCACUAUGACUGGAUCAGCAUCCCUCUCGUCUACACCCAAGUGGUGACCAUAGCAGUAUACUCCUUCUUCGGCCUCUCCCUGGUUGGCCGCCAGUUCGUGGAGCCCGAGGCGGGGCCGGCCAAAUCUCAGGAGCCUUUAGAAGCAGCAUCCACCCUGGGGGACCUGGACAUGUACGUGCCUCUCACCACGCUACUGCAGUUCUUCUUCUAUGCUGGCUGGCUCAAGGUGGCCGAACAGAUUAUCAACCCCUUUGGUGAGGAUGAUGACGACUUUGAGACCAACAAGCUCAUAGACCGCAACUUGCAGGUGUCUCUGUUAUCCGUGGACGACAUGUACCAGAACCUGCCUCCCGCUGAGAAAGACCUGUACUGGGACGAAGACUCCGCGCAGCCACCCUACACGGUGGCCACUGCAGCCGAGGCUCUGCGGCCUUCCUUCCUGGGCUCCACCUUUAACCUUCGCAUGAGCGAUGACCCCGAGCAGAACAUGAAGGUGGAAGCGUCCCCAGCGGCUGCUCGGCCACUGCCCGCCCAGACCCCACUACUCAGCCACUUCCUGGGUGCAGGAGCACCCUCCCCUGCCAUCAGCCUCAGGACAUUUGGUCGCAUGCGAGGAGCCCCCAGGACCCCGCAUCUGCUGCGCUUCCGAGCAGAGGAGAGCGGUGAACCCGAGGCCGCAGACCGCAUUGAGGAGGCAUCGGUGGCAUCAGAAGACGAGACCAGGGAGCCCUGAUCAGAGGCUGCCUGGCCCAGUGCCGUUCUGCCCGCCUCUCCAAGGCCUGCCUCCCCUCACUUCCCAACACCCUGCUGACCUCCAGCACUAUUAGAGCACUUGCAGUGUGUCCUGAGCUGGAGAAUUUAGAGACAGACCCUGAAAGGGGAAGAUGGUGGGGCCAGCACCAGGGUUGGGAAUGUGUCCAUUUUGGUGGGGAAAUGUAGGAUGGUUUGCUUGGGGAAGGUGAGACUAGGAUACAUGGGCAGGGCCGAGGACAAGAACCCGGAUGCACUGUUAAUUUCCUGCUCAAUGGGUUGUGGGGCCCGUUCUCAAACCUGAGGGAGUAUCAGUAGCACCGAAGGGCCUGCUCAGUGUAUUUCCCUGUGCCACUCCUAGGAUUUGAUUUAUUAGAUCUGGGAUGGAACUCAAGAAUUUGCAUUUCUAUUAAGUUCCCAGGUGAUGGUGCUGCUGCUGGUCCAGGCAUCACAAUUUGAGUCCCAUAGGAAAAGACGUUGAGGAUAUACCUUAUCCUGAUCUUACUCUGAAGAGGCAUCAGAGUAUGUGUGCUGGGGGACUUUUACUUUACUUGUAAUAUUCUUUUUAUUUACAAUGAGAAUAUAAUCAGUUAUUACUUGUGCAA